AUGUCGGUGGAAAUGCGUGAACAAAUACGAGUUUUGGUUGCUACUGAGUUGUAUUCCCUUGUUGGAUGGAGUACAGAAGUGAGAACAAGUUCAGAAGAAAAUGAAUCUCAUCCAGAACCUAUUUCACUUUUAAGAAGGAAUGUUAUUUCCACAGAACUUCAAAUAAAUACAUACUACAACCAAAGUCCACAAGUACUCUAUCAGUAUUUAGGAAAUGAUCUCCAUAAACUUGCUGGAUCCAUAAAUUAUAAAUCAGGUGUUGUUGUUAAUACAGUACCACUUGCUUUUAUGAAAUUGAAUUUGAUGCCUGGAGAAAUUGCGCCAAUUAUAGCUAAUUCUUCAGAUAUCAAAUUUAUAUUGCAAUAUGCCAACCACCGUAAUCGUCCAUUUGGAAUUUGCCACAAAAUUAAUGAAAAUAUGCGUACAUAUGGUGUACUAGCUAUGAUUUAUGACCAUUCUUUAGCCAAGGAAUCUACUGAACUGGACUCAUAUGAACUUAAAAUUAGAGGCUUACAGCUAUUUGAAAUUUUACAUGUCAAAUCAUUUCCUGAUAAUGAUAAUCAAACACUUGCUUUGGCUCGAAUCAAAAUCAUACCAAAUUUUAUAAUAAAUCAUCCAUAUAAUGAACUGUGCUUACGUCCAAAGAAACAUAAUUUGAGUCGUAGUGAAUUAUUUCGUAAUAAAAACAUAUGGCAAAAUCAGUGGCCAUCUUGGGUUUAUAAGCAAUUUGAUGUACAUGAAUUGGCAUCUCGCAUUUUCAAAAAAAUUAAGAUAUUAUAUAAGGAUAUAAAAUUCUCAAAUAUUCCAAGUGUAUUAUCAUUUCAAGUGACAAAACUUGGUAUAUUCACUCAUGAAGAAGUAAACGAAUUGCUUGGUAUUGAGUCAACCAACCUACGACUUCAAUAUGGACUACAAUAUUUUAAUAAAAAUCAAUCAAUGCAAAAAUUAAAGUGUACUGGACUAAAUUGUGAUAUUCCAAUUACCAAUAUGAGUUAUGUGCUUCCAAUAUCUCCUGAAGGACUAGAGGAUAGUUAUUUCGGUUCUUGGGGAGAAUUUCAUGCCAUGGUUACAGUAACUGACUUAGAAAAUGGUUUAAACGUGAUAACAGUUAAAAAUUUAUCAGAAUACUUCCCUGGGUAUAAUAGUGCUAUAAUUUUUUGCCCAAACUGUACUGGCUAUCUAGGCUGGAGUUUUUCAAUUGAUGAUAAUUCAUCAUCAUUGCCAAAAUCAUUCUACGGAUUAGCUAUACAGGCCAUAACAAGUAUAAAUGAAUACAUAUUGCCCUUAGCUUCCUCAUAUGAUGUAACACCACUAGAGGAAAACAGUGAUGCAGAAAUAAUAUUCGAUGCCAUCAAUGAUACAGACAUCUUGAUGCCGCAUGCCAGUAUACAAUAA